AUGGCACGUUUCUGGGCCAAAUAUGGAGAUGAAAAGGCAAUGUGGUCGAAAGGAGAGGAAAAAGCGAAGGCAAUUGAAGAAUCAAUAGAAGCCUUGGAAAAGAUCGAGGGAGAGCUCAAAGAAAAGAAGUACUUUGAAGGAGAGGGGAUUGGGUAUUUGGAUCUUGCAUUUGGGUGGAUCGCUUACUGGCUACCCGUUUGGGAAAAAGUUGGGUCUAUGCAACUCAUGGAGGAAGAGAAAUUUCCAGCCAUUACAUCUUGGAUCAGCAAGUUUCUCAGCCACCCAGCGAUUAAAGACAAGUUACCACCGAAAGACGAGUGUGUGGAAAUAGGACUAGGCAACUCACUAACAGAAGCAGCAAAAUUAUAA